CUCUGUCUCUCUGCCUUGAAGGCUUCGCUGAAGAGCUUUCUCUCGUAUAAACGGUCAAUGACUUUAUUUUCCACUCUUUCUCCCACUUCUUCUUUCCUUUCUCAUUCUUCUAUGGCUUCCCAUUCCUCUCUGCAACUUUCCAAGUCAUUCCACUUCUCAAAGUCUUUUGGAUCAAAAAGCAAAAGGACCAUGGCUGAUGUACCCAAAUUAAAUAUAAAUGGGAAGAAACUUGGAAAUUUUCUCUUUCUGAAGAAUAGUGGUUCACUUGAAUUGUUCUUUGCACAUUGCUGUUCUUCACACUGUUUUUCUUUAAGAGCAUUAUCAUCUAUGGCCUCUUCUGAUUCUGCUGAAGAAACUAUGGGUGACAAUAGUGCCGCUGUGGCUAAAGCUGACAAUAAUGAAAUGGAGUUCAAUCGUGUAAAUUGUCUUUUAUGGGUAUUGCAUGAAUCUGCUGCAAGCUUUUCAAUUGCAAUUCAGUCACUUAAACUGCCAGGAAGAAGUGCAGAGCUCGCAAUGGCUUGGAACGGGAAGGAUGUUCAUGAAUGGCAUAAACGUAUUGCUUACCAGGUAGCUGUUUAUGCUUUGUUAAAAACGGCAAUUGAAGUAGAGAUUUUGCUUUCUCUUGAUCGUCACAACAAUGCAUCCCCCGUUAAAGAAAUCUUGACCCCAAAGAUAAACUUGGUGGGAGAGUACAUUGAAAGUCAGUUGAACAUGAAGCAUGCUGACUUAGUACAAUGGUUUAGAGUGGUGGAAUUGCCUCGUAUUGCAGGUUUUUUCAUUCCCUUGCUGAGGAAGUGGUCCGCGGAAUAUGCUGGAAGUGGUGUUGCAGGAAUCAUUGUGGCAAUAAGCUGCUGCGCUGCCGUUGCAAAGCUGGGUUCUGGAAGAAUUUCUUGUCCUAUGUUUACACUAUCAGUUGAGGAUGUAUUAGUAGAGCUCAUGGAUCUUUCACAUAGUCUUGUAGAAGUGGACAAAUUGCAUCAAUUAGCAACUGAGGCUGGAUUUGAACUCAACUUCCUAUCCCAUUUUGGAGCAAAGGUACUGCCUUGCAACAAAAUUGAAGAGCUAGAAUUCUGGAUUGGACUGGCUCAGCGAAAACUCUCAGUGGCAUUCGGCAAAGAAAUGGUGGUCAGAGGCACAGAAAACUCUCAUGAAAAGGUUCAGGCAGAUAGCUUGGCUACUGUUGGACUUUUUGCCUUCCUGGGAAGAAAGACUAGAUUAUUCUUGUCAAGAAUGAAUGUUAAGGAUCUUGAUGAGCUGGUUAAAGACUUCCUCAAUUACUUGGAGUGUGGUAUCCUUUUCAUUCACCCUGAACUUGCUUCCAUAUCAGCAUAUGAAUGUUUCAUGGAGGCAGUAACUGAAGAAAUCGGAUGGCUUGAUUUUUAUGGUACCUGUUGUCCUCUGAGCAAUCAAGAAAGGAAAAGGUCAAAGCAGCAUCCAAUUCAAGCAGAGAAAGAGAUUAUCCUAUCCACAGUAUUUACUAUUUGUUACGAUGUUUUCUCUGGCUUUGCUCACUUCAGCCGUUCAACUCAACAGCCUUUAGAUACAAAAUCACUGAAAUUUUUGCUGCAAAGCCAGAGUCUGUUAACUGUUUGUCUGGAAGACUACCGGGCUGUUUAUGCCAGAUCUUGUGAAUUGCCGAAGAUUGCAGAAGCAGGUGCCUCUGAUCGCUCCCUGUCUGUAGGACUAAAGGGCACAGAAAAGUUAUCUGUGGCAAUGGAAGCACAACAGAAUCCAACUGAGUUAAUGCUACAGGGAUGCGUAAAAGUUAAAUCUCAACAAGGAAUUAGGCUAAGAAAGGCUGGCAACUUUGCUGUGACAGAAGUAAUAACCUUAAUGGAGGCCUCCGGCAUCUCCAUCAAAUCAAGUCCUCUGAAUGAGAGUUUACUUAGGAGAUACAGUGUCAAAUUAGCAUCUACAAGUUCUGAUGUAUGCAUGGGAACCCAAUUGCUCUUUGUAGACAUUAUGGAUGCAUUGGGAUUAGUCUUAAAGCAAUUACGUGGCCAGAAAAUUUCAAGAAGGCAACGAAGGAAGUUGAAGAGAACUCUUACUGACAUUGCUACACUUAUCCCAAUUACAAUUUUAAUGCUAAUUCCUGUCUCUGCUGUAGGCCAUGCGGCAAUGCUAGCAGUUAUCAAGAACUACAUGCCAUCCUUGAUCCCUUCUCCAUACUCUUCUGAGCGGCUUGAUGUUGUCAAACAACUAAAUAGAACUAAAAAGAUGGAAGUUCAAUCGUGGAGCAACCUUCAAGAUCCAUCCUCUAUAAUCAACCUUGACGACCAAUCUUCUAAUCCUGUUGUAUAAUAAUUUUCAUGGAAUAGUUGCCCUCCCUUUAAUGCCACCAGUGCCUAAUUGUAUAUGUAGAGUCCCUAAAUACUUGACGAUGAAUAUGAUGCAUACUGAAGUUUAAUAUAACUUGGUAUCUUACAGUGUGUA